GGCUCCGACUCAGUAUCCCCGGAGCGACCGUCUCGUGUACCCCGCGGAGGUGCUGCGUUUCCGUGCUCCAGCGUGCACGACACAGCUGUGUAUCGCGCGCGCGCGCACACAUACACACGUAUACGCAGGUAGAAGGUGGAUUUACGUGGCCGUGCACGCACGCCUUGGCCACGCACACGUACACGCGUGGAAUCGUGGAAAGGUGCGCGUACGUGCACGAGGCACGCGCGCGUGUGCCGCGAUCCACACACCUGUUCCUCUCCUCCUCGGUGAGGGACACACGCCGAUAUCUGGCGACAGAGGCGACCGCGACAGUUCGACGACACGCGCGUGUUUAUCGAAACCAUCCCGCGUUUCGAAGAUACUCUGUACAUAGCGCGAGUUGCGAUUCCAGUGCGAUUCCUUCCUCCUCCUUUGGGGGAGAAGAAAGAGAGAAAGAGAGAGAGAUCAGGAGUGAAAUUUCGAGUGGAAUUUCGUAGGAAAGUUUUAGUCGAUUUACGGGAUUGGAACCGUGAUCGAGGAAGAUAGAUCGUGGACCAUCGGAUACUAUUCGAUUCGAUUCGGUCGAAGAUUCACCGUGAGUUUACCGAUUUAUUUAGCAAAGUGGAUUUCGUUCGAUCGAACUGGUAGUGAGGUGAUGCCCGAGGCUCGAUCGAAUAAAAAGUAUUUCACGUAAAUUUCCAGGGGUGAGGAAUAAGCACGUGCUACUACCAACGGUUUGGACGACGAGAGAGAGAGAGAGAGAGGAUCGCGGAUCUCGAACGAUCACGUGUCGUUCGCUCGCGCGUCUUUCGGAAAAUAAUUUCGAGGAGUGCGCUCGAAAGGAGGUCGUUCGAGAAGAUCCAGGAAGAAGGAGCCCGUUUAUCGAGUUGCGCGCGUCACGUGAACACAACGGACGCGCGGCUCCAUCCUCGAUUAAUUACCUUUUCGAUCGAGGUGAAACGGGCCGAGAGAAGGGAACCGACAGAGAGAGAGAGAGGAGGGAAAAACGAAGAGGAUCGUAACGACCUACCGAUAUCGCACGAUCAAAGGCAACCGUGCGAGGGAAAGGUGUACCUGUCGCGACGCGAGAGUGCACGUAAACAUCUUCAGAGGCCCGUCCCGCGCAUCCUGGAUCGUCCUCGUUAGAAAGUUCGAUCUUUCCAACCUGAACCGCGAGAAAACCGACUCUCUAUCGAUAUCUAUCCCACGUUAUCCGCGUAUCCAAUUAUAUUUUCAGUUUCCUCUUCUAAACGUUCCCAACUACGCUACUCCCACACGUAUUGUUACGUAUAAUAUAAAACAAAACAGUGUUAAACAGUGAUUGAAUAGUGUCCUCGAAAUAUCGUUAAUUUCAACGGGAGAUUCAAUGUUAUUAUAUUACUUACGAAGUGGAGUACCGUGAGAUAUAUAUAUAUAUAUAUGUAACAGUGGCUCGUAUUUAUAAGUGUGUGCCCGCGGACCGGAAGUAAAUAAUAAGAAGUGAAGUGUUAAAUCGAUCGAAAGAAGAAAACGGGAGCGGGAUAAUCGAUAAUCGUUCCGUGAACUUGUGAACAGUGCUGAAUCGAUUUCAAACUCUCUUGGAAUUACGAGGGAUAUAUAUAUAUAUACAAACGGAGACGCGCACGUAUUUUUAUAUAUAUAUAUAUAUAAAAUAGGAAAGGAUUACGCAGGAAGGAUUUUCGUUGGAUUGGAAAAUUUUUAGUUGGGAGAGGAGCUGGAGAAGAGCUAGAGAAGGAGGUGACCCACGGGGGGAAUGGUGAUGCGGUAGUCGAGGGAUUCCUCGAGGAAAGACAUGAGGGCGGCCGCCGCCUACGUCCUGUUCCUUGCCCACCUCAUACAGGCGACAAACGCGAGCGGAUUCUUCGAGGUGCAAAUCCUCUCGCUUACGAACAACAGGGGCACCCUGGUGGACGGUAGGUGUUGCGGCGGGGGAGGCGAUGGCGGAGGAAAAGGAGAAUUACCACCGUGCACGACACCGUGCUCGACGGCCUUCUGGCUCUGCUUGAAGGAAUACCAGUCGAAUGUCACAGCCAUAGGCUCGUGUAGCUUUGGCAACGUAUCUAGUCACGCCCUCGGCCAGAACACCUUCACCCUCAGCGAACCGGUCACCCUGCAACUGCACUUCACCUUUCGAUGGACGAGGCAAUUCACGCUUAUCCUGCAAGCGAGAGACGAGGCGAGCACAGGCGUGAUCGAGGAAGCGAGUUUCAGCGGCAUUGUCCUGCCAGGACCCACGUGGCACACUCUCAAUCAUGAAGGGAGAAACGCUCAUCUGGCUUAUCGCGUUCGGGUCCAGUGCGCGGAUCAUUAUUACAACGCGACCUGCACGAAGUUCUGCAGGCCAAGGAACGACAUAUUCGGCCAUUACACCUGCGACGAGAACGGCGACAAGGUGUGCAUACAGGGUUGGAAAGGCGCCGACUGUGAGAUAGCGGUGUGCAAGGAGGGUUGCCACCCCGUUCACGGUCACUGCAACGUCAGUGGGGAAUGCAAAUGUCGACACGGUUGGCGCGGUGAACUCUGCGACCAGUGCACCCCCUAUCCUGGCUGCAAGCACGGAUAUUGCAACGGUUCCAGUUGGCAGUGUAUCUGCGACACGAAUUGGGGCGGCAUCCUCUGCGACCAGGACCUCAAUUAUUGCGGCACUCACGAACCCUGUCAAAACGGUGGGACGUGCGAGAACACGGCGCCGGACCAGUACAAAUGCACCUGCCCCGAGGGAUUCUCGGGACCGACCUGCGAGAAGGUGGACAACCCUUGCGCCUCCAACCCUUGCGCCAACGGAGCGACGUGCAGGGAGCUCGGUGAGAGCGCGCACUGCGAGUGCGCCCCUGGAUUCUCUGGCCCUUACUGCGCGACGGACAUAGACGAGUGCGCCUCCCAACCUUGCCAAAAUGGGGGCACCUGCGUCGACGGGAAGAACGAGUUUGUGUGCAAUUGUCCACCGGCCUGGCAAGGAGUGCUUUGCCAAUUCGACGUGGAUGAGUGCGCCCUCAAGGAAUCCCCCUGCAAGAAUUCGUUGACCUGUGUGAAUCUUGCCGGUGAUUACAAGUGUCGGUGCAGGAGCGGUUUCACGGGGAAGAACUGCACGAAGAACAUCAACGAUUGCAUCGGCCAGUGCCAACACGGGGCGUUGUGCAUCGAUCUGGUCGACGAUUAUCACUGCAGCUGCACCGCAGGCUAUUCGGGCAAGGAUUGCGACGUGGACAUCGACGAGUGCGCCUCGAAACCCUGCCAGAACGGUGGCGAGUGCAGAGAUCUGGUGAACGCGUACGAGUGCGUAUGUCCUGUCGGUUUCACCGGAUACCAGUGCGAGAUCGACAAGGAUCAUUGCAGCCCGAACCCGUGCAGAAAUUCGGCGCCUUGUUUCAACACGCAGACAGAUUACUACUGCCACUGUCCGGAGCAAUGGCAAGGGAAGAAUUGUUCCGAGCCAGCCUCCCAUAAUCCGCAAUUCGGCAUGAUGGACGAGGAGUCCGGGUGCGGGAGUGAGGGGACACCAUGCGGCGGCAGAGGCAGAUGCAGCGGUGGCAGAUGCAUUUGUGACGCCGGGUAUACAGGGAUGCAUUGUCACGAGAACAUCAACGAUUGCAGGGGUAAUCCUUGUUUGAACGGUGGCACGUGUGUCGAUUUGGUUAACUCGUUCCAGUGUAUCUGUAGAGAGGGAUGGACCGGAGAUCUGUGCGAUCAAGACGUGGACGAGUGUACGAACUCACCCUGCCGCAACAACGGCACCUGCGUGGACGGUGUCGCAGACUUCACCUGCAUCUGCAGGGGUGGAUGGAAGGGCAAAACGUGUACUCUUCGCGCCGGACACUGCGAACCAGGUUGGGAGGGAGCAGCAUGCCACAUAGCAUCUCCAGCGUGCGCGAGCAAUCCUUGCGAGAACGGAGCUACCUGCGUGAACACCGCCGAUGGGAAUUACAGAUGCGUCUGUCGCGAAGGUUUCGAGGGUCCGAAUUGCCGUCGUGACGUGGACGAUUGCCAGCCAUUGCCUUGCUUGAACGGGGGCAAAUGCGUGGACGGGAUCAACUGGUUCAGAUGCGAGUGCGCGCCAGGCUUCACCGGCCCAGAUUGUCGUAUAAACGUGAACGAAUGCGCCAGCGACCCCUGCACCACUGGCUCCACGUGCGUGGACGGUAUAGCGAGUUACACUUGCAUCUGCCCGCCAGGAAGGACCGGGGUACGCUGCGAGAUUCGUACAGCAGGUGGACCAGGAUGCCCGGUAGCUAGCUGGGACGACGAUUGCAACGUCUGCGAAUGUCGUAACGGGAAGAACCAGUGCAGCAAUAUCUGGUGCGGUCCUGGCAACUGUCUGAACGGUACGUCGUGUCUGGCUCACGAAGUGUGCGUGCCCAGUCCGAACGAAAGCUGUCUAGCUCCACCGUGUCCAGCGUGGGGCGAAUGCCGCCCCGUCGAGACUGGAAGAAGAGUAGGGCCUCCCGCUCUGCCCGCACCGCCCUCCUGUUGGCCCGGACAAGCCACGCCGGGUCCAACCUGUUCCAGGCUCACCAUCCUGUUGAGAAGAGACACUCUGGCCGCCAGUACGUCGGUAGAAAUCCUCUGCAGACGGUUGAGAAAACUGCUGUCCGAUCCGAGAAGGCCACAGUCGAUCGUUCUUCUCUGCGAUCUCAAGCCUGGCGACAACGAUACAGUGGAAGUGACCAUAUUCUCGGAGGCAGCCGCAGAUGCGGCCAGAGAUCUUGGCGAAGCCCUUAGCAGACCCCUGGGCAGACCACUCGCUCUGGCCUCCGUGCUCGAGGUCAAAGUGGAGACGGCCUUGCUCAGCGAGCCGAGUUCCGUAAACUCGAGCAGCGCGGGAAGCUACGUGGCCGUCCUCGGUGGAGCUCUGGCGACCGUUUUGGUCUUGGCUUUGUUCGGUGGACUGUGGUAUCUUCGGACGGUGAGGCAAAGAUCAAGCCUGACCGCGACCACCAGCAGCGAGACGUCGUUGCAUCGACACCGCAGCGAUUUGGACGAGAAGUCGAACAAUCUUCAAAACGAGGAGAAUCUGAGGAGAUACGCGAACCCUUUGAAAGAGCAGGAUCAAGGAGAGCCGAGGGUGUCCGUGGUGAGACCUCUGUCCGGAACUUCGUUGGGUGCGCUGGGUGCAACCGAGGAGAGUUUGGAAAUGGUCUCGGACGAGAGUAGACAUCGGUUGCCGCCGCUUUACAAAGCUCCCAGCGCGGAAGCAAGGAACAACACCGCUAGUUUCACGUACGAGGAAGGGCCUCAUAAACCGUACAGCAAACCUAGAUUGCAGGAGCCGACGUAUUCUCAGCAAGCGAGCAGCAGUCAGACAUCGGGACCGCAUCAAGUACUGACGGUGCACGUGUAACGCGACAGACUUGCGGAUGUUUCGUGAAAAAUUUCACUGAAAAAAAAAAAAAAAACACUUGUGAGAAAGGGACACGAAAAACGUGUGGCGAAACGUGUGGAAUUAUCGGACUCGCUCGUACCAAGUGUUUUCGCAACGAUUAAUUGCAACGAACAGACUGAACAAUUAAUAAUUCACGAUUCAACGGAUAUCGCUUACAUUACUUUAGAAAAUGAAAUUGCGAGAAAUAAUGCGCUGCCUUUUUUUACCCGCUAAAAAUUAAGAAAUCGUCGAAACCGCGUCUUUUACUUCAAAUCUUUUUUCCUUCUGCGAAUUGAUACGAAAACAAGAGAGAUAUUAAAGAAUGUAGGAAGGUAGAGAAAGAGAAGAAUUAUUUUAACGUUAUUUCAUCAACUAUAUUGAUAUUGGUUUACAAUUAAAAAUCGAUCAUUUCAAACUAUUUCAUUAAACGAGAAAAACGUCAUUCUCUACCUUUCUCUAACAUAUCUCUCGCUAAUAACGCAACGACAAUAAUUGACGGUCUACAAUUAUAUAUCGACAAGUUGUUUUAUCGUAUUGUACAUAUGUACAUAGCCCGUACUUAUUAAUUUCGCUAAGCCUGUAUCACCUCUAAAUGCCGUCGUCCCUUACGGACAGCCUUAAGAUCCGAUCUAUCGACGUUUUAUUCGCGUUACAAUCGUAAACAUUCCCCUAUCCUGAUCCGAAGCAGAGAACACACGGGCCAAGUGACGGCUUAGCAGGCCACCGUAGAUAUCGUAGAGCUGUAAUAGCACGUAGGCGAAUUAAUCUGCGCGAAAGCAGAAGGCUUCGGACGCUCCGUCGGGCGAUAUUAUUGUGAUACUCAUAGAGCGAACGAGAGAGAAAGAAUGCGAGAGAGAAUAUUAUCGCGCGAUAAGAUUUAUCGAGUCCCCUCGUAGCGCCCUCUUGGAAAAGUCGUGAAUCACGAUUAAUAACGAUAACGCGUUAAGAAAAGAAAAGUCUUAAAAUUUGGUUUGCUAACUAGUUUGCAACGGUUUGCAUCCGUUUGCCGUAGUAAUCAGUAGAAUUAACGCACGGUUCUAUCAUUGCGAGCCGUGAUUUAAUUGCACAAAAAUUAAUUAAUUAUUCAUGGGAUGUAUCGUCGUAUCCACGAGUCGAUCUAUAAUGAAAAGGAAGUAUUCUUUUUUUUUUUUUUUAUUUUUCCUGCAAAGAGGGUGAAGGGAGCGUGUAGGAAUCGAUAAGAUGGCGACACAUGGCAUGGCCAUUCGCGUGAUCGAAACGUUGUAUGAUGUAAAUAAACCCAUUACAUAGAUCCAGAUAAUUCCCCGUCCCACUUUGGAUUGUAUUUUAUCUUAUUCCCUCCUUUCUUCCCUCUGUUAGAUGUGCAAUUUUAUUAUUAUUUUUUUUUCCUUUUUUUUUUUUUUUCUCUCCCCUUUUCCCUUAAUAUCGUUCCAAGCGUAAGGCGACGCGCAACGACGGGCGCAUGAAACGCGCGUAUUACUAGACUUUAAAACGAGAAACGAGAACCGUAUUGGGCGUACUGUAAGAUGAUAACGGAAGAAAUUUUUUAUAACAGAUAGUUUAUUUUAUAAAGAAAUCUAUAUUAUUAUACAAAAUAUAUAGAAGCGAUGAAGAAAAAAAAAUAUAUAUAUAUAUAUAUUAUAUUAUUUUAUAUUAUAUUAUAUUAUUUUUUAUAUUUUAUUGCCUUGUAUUUUAAUUGUUGAGAGAUCAUGGACAAUAGUUCGAAAUACUAUACUAUACUAUAUACGAUCGAUCAUAACGAUCUCGUGAACAUCUUUUUGUUCUGUUCUUCGAUUCAACGAACUAAUGUCCCUGGUCUCCGAUUUAGAUAGCUAAUCCACGCGUUGUGAUCAAUCCCGUGUCAAAUAAUCGCGAAGGAAGCGUGAAUGAGUGCGUGUAAAUAAAGUUAAAGCUCCUUCCGGUCCCACAAUUUCUUUUUUUCCGCCUAAGUUUACAACAACGACUAGGACGACGACGAUGACUAUAACAACGACAACGACAUAAUGAUGAUGAUGAUGAUGAUGAUGAUGAUGAUGAUGAUGAUGAUGAUGAAGAAAUUUCAAUAAAAAGUACAACCCUUA